GAAACCAACUGUUUUGCACUUGCCAACUCUCAACUCAAACGUCCUUCAAGCCUUCAAGUCUUUAACAACUUCAUCGUCAGCCUGUCAAAUAAUUUUGGCGCGACCAACAAACAAAGGAGUCACCGAUCCACAAUACUAAGCUUCACUGGUACAGACGCGUGGCUGAUCAAACUAGCCCUGCCUUUUUACAUCGUCCAAUAGCGCCUACCAAUAUCUACUCUCCGUUACCGUUAACAGCAAUUCGUGAAUAUGUCUCAAUCAGCAAGACCAUCCACAUCUACAUCCACCGCCUCAUCCGCAACCCCCAAUGACGCUUCAUGGAGGGCGGGUCUUCGUCCACCACCAAAAGACUUGCGCCCCCAGACAGAAGAUGUCACAAACACCAAAGGAACUGAAUUUGAGGACAUGUUCCUCCGUCGUGAACUUCUCAUGGGCAUUUUCGAAGCAGGUUUCGAAAGGCCAUCACCUAUACAAGAAGAAGCCAUCCCUGUCGCCCUCACCAAACGUGACAUCCUUGCUCGUGCUAAAAACGGGACAGGCAAGACCGCUGCUUUCGUUAUACCCUCAUUACAGCAGAUUGAUGUCGGCAAGAAUAAGAUUCAAGCCCUACUCCUCGUCCCUACUCGCGAACUUGCCCUCCAGACAUCCCAGGUCUGUAAAAUACUGGGAAAACAUAUGGGUAUCCAGGUCAUGGUGACCACAGGCGGCACGACCCUCAAAGACGAUAUCAUGCGCUUAUCAGAGACGGUUCAUGUUCUCGUUGGAACACCGGGACGUAUCCUGGAUUUAGCAGGCAAAAACGUUGCUGAUCUCAGCGAGUGUCCUGUGUUUGUCAUGGACGAGGCAGAUAAACUUUUGUCGCCCGAGUUUACUCCUGUCAUGGAGCAAUUACUCUCUUUCCUUCCUACGGAUCGUCAGGUCAUGCUUUUCAGUGCAACCUUCCCUAUGAUGGUGAAGGAUUUCAAGGACAAACGCAUGAGAACUCCUUACGAGAUCAAUCUUAUGGAGGAGCUCACCUUACGUGGUGUUACGCAGUAUUACGCUUAUGUCGAGGAGCGACAGAAGGUCCACUGUUUGAACACCCUUUUCUCUAAAUUGCAAAUCAACCAAUCCAUUAUAUUCUGUAACUCUACCAACCGCGUCGAGCUACUCGCAAAGAAAGUAACAGACCUCGGCUAUUCCUGUUUCUACUCGCACGCAAAGAUGCUUCAGUCACAUCGUAAUCGCGUGUUCCACGACUUCCGCAAUGGGGUCUGCCGCAACCUAGUCUGCUCAGACCUAUUGACCCGAGGAAUUGAUAUCCAGGCAGUCAACGUCGUAAUCAACUUUGACUUCCCCAAGAACUCGGAGACGUACCUCCACCGCAUUGGUCGUUCCGGUCGGUUCGGGCACUUGGGUCUUGCUAUUAACCUGGUCACUUAUGAGGACCGUUUCAACCUAUAUCGCAUUGAGCAGGAGCUUGGUACCGAGAUUCAGCCCAUUCCCCAGGCUAUUGACAAGGGCCUUUAUGUCGCACCCAGCGCUGCUGAGGAGCCUGCCCCGCAGAAGCCUCAGCCCCAGCCUCAGCCUCAGCCACAACCAUCUCAGCAGCAGCGACCGCAGGCACCUUCUCAGCAAACGUCAAGUAACGGCCGCCAGAACGGCGCAGCGCCUGGACCGUCACAAGGGCAGCAAGCUCAACGGGGUGGUUAUGCCAACCACGCAGCGUACCGUAAUGGCACUCCUACACGAUGAGCUCGUUCUUUCAUGUUGCGUGUAGGAGGGAGGGGGAGGAGACCAUCACCGCUCGAUCAUUCUCAUCCUUUAUCGUCAGCCGCCAUCUCGACAUCUCGUAUUCCAGGGGUCGUGUUUCCCUUUGUUCGACAUCGCCUGUCCAUCCAUCUCACUGCUCUGGCACCCGUCACAUCUUGCGCUCCAUCCUUUUUUUCUCACGUCUGGUUUUGCGUGUUCGAUUAUAUAUAUCAUAUUAGGUUAUACUACGCUCUUAGUCUGGCCCCUACGUACGUACUCCGAUCGGGAGUCGAGUUUUUUUGCUGGUGAUGAAUGGUGUGUGUGGUGGUUGGUGGUGUGGGGUUUGUGUGGUGUGGGAGGUUGGGGUUGGGGUUUCGAAUUGUUUGUGUAGUUUUGACUUUGUCUGGCGC